AUGGAAGACAACAACAGUGUUGGAAAUAAUAUAAUAAACAAUAGAUUCAAUAAUAAUAAAUAUAAUAAUAAUAAUACUUCUAUCAACAAUAAGUCAACUUUGCCUUUUAAUCAAAUUAAUAGAUUUUCAUCAACAAAAGAAGGAUCAAAUCAACCACAUAAUAUAAUAUAUCAAAAGAAUACAUUGUCUAAUCAAAAAUUAAUCCAUAAUAAUAAUGAUGAUAAUAAUAAAGAUAAAAUUAUAUCACCUACUUCAACUACAACUACGGAAUCUAUUUCAAGUAAUAUGAGUUAUAAUACAUCAAAUUCUUCUUCUUCAAAAAAAUUAGAUACUAUUGGAAAUUAUAGUAUAGGUCCUGAAAUUGGUAAAGGAUCUUUUGCUAUAGUAUAUAAAGGAAAUGAUUUAAAAACAAAUAAAUCAGUUGCAAUUAAAUCAGUUUAUAGAUCAAAAUUAAAAUCUAAAAAAUUAAUUGAAAAUUUGGAAAUUGAAAUACUGAUUUUAAAAACUAUGAAACAUCCUCAUAUUGUUGGUUUAUUAGAUUAUAAACAAACCCCUGCUCAUGUACAUUUAAUUAUGGAUUAUUGUUCAAUGGGUGAUUUAUCAUAUUUUAUAAGGAAAAGAAAUCAACUUAUUAAAACUCAUCCUAUUAUAUCAAGUUUAUUAGAUAGAUAUCCAUCUCCACAAGGAUCUCAUGGAUUAAAUGAAGUAUUAGUAUUACAUUUUUUAAAACAAUUAUCAUCUGCUUUAUUAUUUUUAAGAGAGAAAAGUUUAGUACAUCGUGAUAUAAAACCUCAAAAUUUAUUAUUAUGUCCUCCUUUACAUUCUAAAAUUGAUUUUAUAAGUUUAAAUUAUAAAGGUAUGUGGGAAUUACCUAUAUUAAAAAUUGCUGAUUUUGGAUUUGCAAGAUUUUUACCUUCAACUUCAAUGGCUGAAACUUUAUGUGGUUCUCCUUUGUAUAUGGCACCUGAAAUUUUAAGAUAUGAGAAAUAUAAUGCAAAAGCUGAUUUAUGGUCUGUUGGUGCUGUUUUAUAUGAAAUGACUGUUGGAAAACCUCCUUUUAAAGCUGGUAAUCAUAUUGAAUUAUUAAAAAACAUUGAAAAAGCUAAUGAUGUUAUAAAAUUUCCUAUGGCUGCUCAAGUACCUGAAUCUUUAAAACAAUUAAUUAGAUCAUUAUUGAAAUAUAAUCCAACUGAAAGAAUAUCUUUUCAAGAAUUUUUUAAUAAUAAUUUAAUAACUUGUGAUUUAGAAGAUACUGAUAAACCUUUAGAAACUUCAGAAAUUGAUGAAAAUUUAUUCAUUAGUGAAUAUAUAAGUCCUAUAAAACAUAAUGAAAGAUCACAAUUGUUAAAAAUGACACCAGUAAAUGAAGAAGCAAAUUUAGAAAAAGAAAUAAUAAAGAAUCAUGAAACACCUUUGAAAGAAAUUGAUAUUCCAAAAAGUAGUAGGGAUGAAGAAAUAAAAAAUUUAAUAAAUAAAAACAGUCCUGAUCCAGAAACUUUAACUCACUCAAUUAAUAAAAGUCCUUCUUUUAAAUUGAAAAAAGAUGAUGUAAUAUUAGAAAAAGAUUAUGUUGUUGUUGAAAAAAGAGCUAUUGAAGUCAAUGCUAUUGCAGAUGAAUUAGCACACGCUGGAAGUGGUGCUGGUGCAAUAUCUGAUCCUCGCAAACAUACAUCAUCAUUGAAUUAUCAACAACAAACAAAUUCACAACAACAACAACAACAACUGCAAAAUCCAUUUCUUCAACAAAAUCAAAGAAGAAAUUCUAAUAACAGACGUCCAAGUUUUACUGAUAGAAGAAUAUCUAUUUCAAUAUCUCCAACUAAUGCACUUAGUAAAGCUAUAGGUCUUGCAUCACAUAGAUUAUUUGGAAAUACACAAACAACAACUUCAUCCAACAUUUCCAAUAACAAUUCUUCAACCAAUGUAACAACUAAUCAAGAAAAUAAUCAAUCAUUUUCAAAUUUAAUAUCAAGUCCUCAUUUUGCAAAUAAUAUGUUACUACAAAAACUUAAUUUACCCAAUAUUCCAGAUCCAUCAGGAUCUGAUCAAUUUUAUUCAGAUAAAACUAAUCAUACACCAGAUGAAAUUUUAUUAAUUAAAUUAGAAACUAUAGCAACAAAAGCACAUGCAGUAAAUUUAUUUGCUGAUGUAAAAUUUAGUCAAUUAAUUCCAAGUCCACCUUCUUCAGAUGAUACGAAAGCUGAAUUUAUGAAUGUAAAUGAUAUUUUACCACCUAAGAUUAUAAAAAGUAUAAGCGAAGAAGGAGUAGUAUUAUAUGUUAAAGCAUUAUCUUUAUUAGCUAAAGGAAUGGCAUUAGCAAGUGAAUGGUGGUAUGAUCAAUUUGAUUCUUCUUCAUUAAAUGAAUCAAAUAGAUUAAAACCUGAUGCAAAUAUAAAUUUAAAAAUAAAUCAAUUAGUUCAAUGGAUUAGAGAAAAAUUUAAUGAAUGUUUAGAAAAAGCAGAAUUUGUUAAAUUAAGAUUACAAGAAUCAAAAUUAGCUAUAAAUAAUUCAACAAUAAAAGAAGGUGAUGAUGAUGAAGAUGAUGGUGAUAAUAAUAAUAAUAAAUCAAUAACUACAACAAAAGUAGUAGCUGAAAAAUUAUUAUUUGAUAGAGCAUUAGAAAUGUCAAGAAAUGCAGCAGUUAAUGAAUUAGUAAAAGAAGAUUUACAUGGUUGUGAAUUAUCUUAUAGUACAGCUAUAUGGAUGCUUGAAGCAGUAUUAGAUGAAGAUGAUGAUAUUGAUAAUCAAAAUUCAAAUAAUAAUAAUAAUAAUAAUGGUGAAAAUAAUUUUAAAAAAUUAGAUGAUGAAGAUAGAAUAAUGGUUGAAAAAUUUAUUGUUAGUAUUGGUAAUAGAUUAUCUGUAUUAAAGAAAAAAAUUGAAUUUUUAUAA